CGCCCGCCAUUCAUUCCAGACUCAACCUUAGAAUCAACUCCACUAGAUUCAGCUCUAUCACGCUGUUCUGCCCAUUCCUUCCGCGGUUCCUGACCCUUUUUUUUCUCUCUUUCUUUUACCCCUUUGCUGUUUCCGGGGUUAUCUCCAUAUUGAUCUCCUUUCUCCUUAAUUCUCCGGGAUCUUGUCCCUGUUGUAGUACUUCCUUUAUUUGCUUUUCUGCCCGGUCUCUAUCAUUCUGGUUUAUUUCUUAUCACGUUACGGUAAUCAGAUGAGCAAAGGCUGGCCGAUGUUCGGAAGGAUUAACCGAUUAUAAUCUACAAAUGCCCGGAACGGUUGCAGAUGGGCCAACAGUGGCCAUGUCUUGUAUGGCUUCAAUACAUCUUCAACCGUAAUAUUAGGAUUACUAACGUUUUCACGUCGAUAGUCGCUAACAAUUUCUGGGGAAAAGAUGAUGCUGGUGUUGGUCCUAUGCUUGAUCGGAUGCACUCUGCAAAAGUGUCUUGUGACGAGUUGAAAACAUUCUACAAUAUCCGGGCGGCCAUCGAAGAGGAAUAUGCGCGCAAGCUCCUAGCUCUUUGCCGAAAGCCACUUGGGUCGACCGAACUAGGCUCCCUUCGAUCGUCAUUCGACACUGUCCGUGGAGAAACCGAGGCGAUUGCCAAAGCGCAUGGUGCAAUUGCUGGACAAAUGAAAAGAGAGUUAGAAGAGCCACUGGUUGCAUUUGCAGGUGGAUCGAAGGAAAGAAGAAAAAUUAUCCAAACGGGAAUCGAGCGCCUCUUGAAAACCAAGAUCCAGCAGACUCAAACAGUAAAUAAGACCCGGGAUCGAUAUGAACAAGACUGCCUGAGGAUCAAGGGGUACCUUGCCCAAGGGCAUAUGGUCAUGGGACAGGAGGAACGCAAAAACAAAGCGAAGCUCGAAAAGACCCAGGUACAGCUCGCCUCUAGCAGCAGUGAAUAUGAGGCCGCUAUUAAGGUCCUCGAAGAGACAACUGGCCGCUGGAAUAAAGAAUGGAAAUCAGCCUGUGAUAAGUUCCAAGAUCUUGAAGAGGAAAGACUCGACUUUACGAGGAGCAGCCUGUGGGCUUAUGCCAAUAUUGCGUCUACGGUUUGCGUUAGCGAUGAUGCCUCGUGCGAGAAGGUCCGGCUGUCGUUGGAAAACUGUGAGGUUGAGAAAGAUAUCAUCUACUUCAUCAAAGAAAAGGGAACCGGCCAGGAUAUCCCAGACCCUCCCAGAUUCAUUAAUUUCUGCCGGGGAGAUAUCAACGAUACAAGCUCGGAAGCCUCUGAGGAAGAUGGGUUCUCUGUAGCGCAGUUCCAACGAACGAUAAACCCGGCGUUUCGCAGUUCUUCUCCACAGCCAUCGACUUACGAAUCGCAUCACGACCCACAUCCCGACCUGGCAACUAAGACUGUUCAGAAUAACCCACCGACGCCCACAAGCAGGGAGACCACGGUCACUCCGCAGAAAGCAACGCAACAGCCUGCUCCCUUGGAUCUUCGUCGGGGUGGCCAACUGCCGCCGAAUUAUGAUCCUAACCAGCAUGGCGAGAUUGGCGUAGUGCCUCACAAUGCGUAUCCAACGGAUGGUAUGACGAUGUUUUGCAGGACUGGACCUCCUUCUGAGCGGAGCUCAGGAGCAAAUAGCGCGUACCGACCAUCAAGCCGUGAUUCGCAGAGUGAAAUCUCCAACCCAACUUCUAUGUCUAGCCAAGAUCUUCCCAGCGGCAAACAAUCACCAACAAAGCCUACGAAUGGCAUACCACUUCAUGGAAUGGGGGGAGAUAAGCAGAUCCAAAAGAAGAGGAGCGCCUUUUUUAGCAACAGCCCGUUCCGACGUAAGAGUCGCCAUGAUAAGGACCGCCAUUCUGGCCCGUCACAACCCCCUUCUCGAGGCACGUGGGAUACCCCGAAGCAAUCGAGCCCUACCAAAGCUCCUCAGCCCCAAGCCCCAGUUUCUGCUUCUGGAAACGACCGGGGAUCUGGAAGUCCUGAACCUGCAGAUCCUCGAGCCAACUUCCAGCUCAAUGUCGGAAACAAUGUAUUUGAUGUGGCGUCACCAGACAAGAACGCUUCGAAGAAGGUACCCCAGGCAGCCAAGAAUGCAGAAGCAGAGCUUGAUCCUAUUGCACGCGCCUUAGCCGAUCUGAAAGGUGCAGGCAAGCAGUCGGCCACUCGGGUCUCUGCUGAUAGAUAUCAUGGAAUUGCUACGCCAGUUCCUUCAGCACCUGGGUCAAGUUACAGCAGCGCAUCUGUGGCAACUCCACCCCCGGCAUAUAACGACUCAUCGGUGAAACGUCUUGAUGCACCUCAGCCAGCCUUCACUUCCGCACAGAUGCAAAAGACGACGCAGAAAUACACCGGGCAGGCACAGAAUAUGCUUCGCGGAAGUGGCAAUACUUCUGGACUUUCAGGUAGAAACAGUGCACAAUCCCAGGAUGUGCCACGUGCUAGAUCCCCUACCCCAAGACGGAGCGCAAGUCCCCAAGUCAGCCCUCGUGUAGAUACCCGCAUGAGUCAAUAUAGCCGAGGAGCAAGCCCGAGCCCGAGCACAUACCAAUCUAGCAGUAUGAGAAGUAGAUUUAGUCAGUCGCCUACUGUCUCUACCCCACCUCCGCGACCGACUGAUGCAGCGUACUCGCCCCAUGAAUAUCCAAGGCGAACCUCCCCGAAACCCAUGAGCCGUGCUGUUUCCCCUCAACCGCAAUUCAGGCAGCAGACCCGCCCCUCCAGUGCUGGAGGCAUGGAGUUGCAGCUUUCAAACCAAGUUGACAUGUACGGCGGUGGCAAUGAUGGAUACAGUUCUCGAAGGGAGGCCGGAAGACCAAUGUCUUACUACGAUGCGGGAAGCCAUAGAAGCAGAUCCAGGAGCAGGACUAUGGCCGUUGCUGAUCCUGGUAGACAAUUCAGCCGGGAUGGUCGCCCGAUUCUCCACUUCGCCCGAGCCAUGUACAGCUAUAGCGCUGCAAUUCCCGAAGAACUGGGGUUUAGUAAAGGCGAUGUCCUCUCUGUCAUUCGACUACAGGAUGACGGCUGGUGGGAAGCUGAAGUCACUACUACUCGAGGGCGGCCCGGUUUGGUGCCCAGCAAUUACUUGCAGAUUGUUUAAACAAUGCACAAUUCACUAACCACAGCCUGUGCCCAGGCGAAUGAUGUCUAUUAUGUGUUUGUGAUGUAGAUACGGAUUUACACGC